ACACCAUUUUAGUCACAACAUUUCCAACAUCAAAGAGAAAGUAAACACUUAACACUUCAACAACAAUGGCUUUAUCUCCAUCUUUCUCCAUCCCAAUCCUUCUCAUCCUUUCCAUCUCCAUAACCAUUUCAGCUUCAGACCAUUGGAACAUCCUAAGUUUUUUGUCCUCUAACAAUUGCAAGAACACUCUCUCUUUCAACCUCAAAAACUACUGUGAGAGUUGGCGAAUGAAUGUUGAACUCCAUAACAUUCUUGACUUUGAUGUUAUUCCCGGAGAAUGCAUUAACUACAUUUCAAAGUACAUGACUUCCUCUCAAUAUAAAGCUGAUAUUCAACGUGCAACUGAAGAGGCCUCACUUUUUCUCACCAAUAACAUCAUUCAUGGCUUUGAUGAUUUAGAUGCUUGGAUCUUUGACAUAGAUGAUACUCUUCUUUCCACUCUACCUUACUAUCAAAAGUACCAUUUUGGUGGUGAUGAUUGUUGCAAAGAAGAGAAGACAAAUAGAGUUUUGUUAGAGGCAUGGAUGGAAGAGGAAAAUGCUCCGGCAGUUGAACAUAUGGUUAGAUUUUAUAAUGAGAUCAAAGAGAGAGGAUUUAAGAUCUUUCUUAUUUCAUCCCGUGGUGAACAUCUAAGAGAUGCUACCAUUAAUAACCUUAUUAAGGUUGGAUAUCAUGGUUGGGCUCAACUUAUCUUGAGGUGUGAGGAUGAUGAGAAACAAGGAAUAGAAGAUUACAAGGCGAAUCAAAGGAAGAAGUUAAUGAAGCAAGGGUAUCAUCUAUGGGGGAAUAUUGGGGAUCAAUGGAGUAGUCUUAAUGGUCAUUCUUAUGCUAGGAGAUCAUUCAAGCUCCCAAAUCCAAUGUAUUAUGAAGCUUAGAACUAUGUGCUGUGUGUGUGUGUUUAUUUAGUUCAAUGAGUUAAUGAAGAACAGAGGAUUAUGCCUAUCAAUUAUUGAUUGUGUUUCAGUGAGUUUAAUUAAUGAAUAAUAAUCUUUGAUGUA